AUGAUAUGUGGAUCCAAACACAUGUCUGAUAUGUUUGACCAGAUCUACCUCAACAAACUCAACUUGAAACUUCCAGGUCAGCAGACACACUUUCUUCAGUUUAAAGAAGUUCUGGGUGGCUUUCUUUCAAAAGUCCAGAAUUGGUAUCGGAAAGUUACAGAGGAGAACAUUUCUAUGUUUUUCAACCUUUCACAGCUGUUAAAUCCAGAGGCGACCUUCUCUGCUGAUCAUCAGGUUGGCAUUGCUGCACAUUUGAAAUCACUUGAAGAUGAGUUCAAGAACUAUUUUCCUGACCUUGACUGGGCUGAAGAAGCUUUUGUGAGAAACCCUUUCACUCCUGGACUAGACAUCACUGUCAUUGCAGAUGUCAUUCAAGACGAGCUUUUGGAAUUGAGACAUGAUUCGUCAGCACGCGACACGUUUCUGGAGAAAUCUCUUGCACAGUUUUGGUGUUCAACCCAGGAAUCAUAA